UGUUGGCCCAAGCGCCGAAGGCUCACAGCGAUCCCUCAUGGCGGGGAGGGAGAAGAGGAGGCGCGCGGCGGUGCUCGACGACGACGACGAGCAGCGGCGAGUGCGGCGGCAGGAGGAAGCGGCAAUCCUCCUCCGCAGGAUCAGAGGCCUGGUGCGCUGGGUCGUCUCCGAGGUCGCUGCCGGCCGCUCCCCGUCCGUCGCGCUCCACCGCUACCAGAACUACUGCGCCUCCGCCGCCGCAUCCCCAUGCGCCUGCAGCUACGACGUCCCCGUCGGCACCGACGUCGUGUCCCUCCUCCACAGCAGGGACUCCCACACUUCCCGGCUCAAUGUGCUCCUCAGAGUUCUUCUCGUCGUGCAGCAGCUCCUGCAGCAGAACAAGCACUGCUCCAAGAGGGACAUCUACUAUAUGUACCCCUCCAUAUUCCAAGAACAAGCGGUUGUUGACCGUGGGAUCAAUGAUAUAUGUGUACUCUUUAAGUGCAGCCGGCACAAUCUCAAUGUGGUUCCUGUGGCAAAAGGUUUGGUGAUGGGCUGGAUAAGAUUUUUGGAGGGAGAAAAGAAAGUUAAUUGCAUAAUAAAUGUCAAUGCUGCCUUCUCUAUCCCAGUUAGCAUCGAAGAAAUAAAAGAUGUUGUUAGCGUUGCAGACUACAUUCUUGUUGUUGAGAAGGAGACAGUGUUUCAACGUUUGGCUAAUGAUAAGUUCUGUGAAAGGAAUCGCUGCAUUGUGAUUACAGGAAGAGGCUACCCAGAUAUUCCAACAAGAAGAUUCUUGCGCUACCUUGUUGAAGAGCUGCAAUUGCCAGCUUAUUGCUUGGUGGAUGCAGACCCUUAUGGUUUUGACAUUCUGGCCACCUAUAAAUUUGGUUCACUGCAAUUGGCGUAUGAUGCAAAUUUCCUACGUAUACCUGAUAUGCGGUGGCUUGGGGUCUUCACAUCUGAUUUUGAGGAUUAUUGCCUUCCAGAGUGCUGCCUACUUCACUUGUCAUCUGAAGAUAGGAGGAAAGCUGAAGGAAUUCUCUCGAGGUGUUACUUGCACAGGGAAGCCCCACAAUGGAGGUUGGAGUUAGAAGCCAUGUUGCAAAAGGGUGUCAAAUUUGAGAUUGAGGCAUUAUCUGCAAGUUCCAUUUCCUUUUUAUCAGAAGAGUACAUACCCCAGAAGAUCAAACAAGGAAGACAUAUAUAAGAUUGGUUAUACCUGUAUCUAUUUAGAAUUUUUCGUGUGGCAAGUCUUAUUUUGUUUUUGUCGCAAUAGCUUUAGUAACAUGUUUGGCACUCUGGUAGUUUAACCCCCUGCAAAUAUUUUUCUGCAACUGUUAAUAUGCCGUAAUGAUUCGGCGCUGUGUAGCUUUAUUUGGGGUUUAUUGCAUUACUAAUGGCCACAUUUUAGAAGUGAACACCUGUGUAGUCUACAACUAUGCACGCCUUGGUUCUGCCAGUUUAUCAUCCAGAAAGGUAGUGGCCAUGGUGAAAAGGCUAUAUUGCGGUUCAGAAAGAUGAAGAUGCACCGUGUGUUUGUUAACAACCUCACCAUUGUUGGUCUCUUAAGUGUCUGUGGCUCCUUACAAUCGCUUUAUCUUGGAGAGGAAUUGCAUGCUCAGAUAAUAAAGAAUUCUAUGGAAGUCAAUCUUCAAAGUGGGGGUACACUUGUUUGGUUCUACUGUAAAUGUGGAGAGUAUACAUAUGCUGCAAGAAUUCUUGAAGUGAUGCCGGGCCGUGAUGCAGUCUCAUGGACAGCUGUGAUUUCUGGCUACAAUAAUCUUGGUCAUAAUGUUGAAGCACUUAAAUCAUUACAUGAUAUGUUAUGUGAUGGUGUAAAACCAAAUACCUACACUUUACUCCUCUGCUCUGAAAGCUUGUGCAAAGUUGGAGGCGCUGCAAUAUGGAAGGAAGAUCCAUGGUUUUUGUUAAACAGACUCAAGAUUUCUCCAAUGUGUUUGUAGGAAGCUCACUUAUUGAUAUGUACAUGAGGUGUGGAAAAGUCAAUGAAGCCCGAAGAGUCUUUGACGCCAUGCCAGACCAUAACUUGGUAACAUGGAAAGUGAUUAUUACAGGAUUUUCUCAGAAUGGCCUCUGUGAAGAGGCUUUGAAGCACAUGUACCUAAUGCAGCAAGAAGGGCAUGAAGUUGAUGACUUUGUGCUCUCAACAGCUCAGACAUCAUGUGGAGAUCUUCAAUGGGAAUCCAUCUCCUUCUCUGGCUCAGUCGCUGGUUCAGUUUUCAGCUCGGCAUUAGAUUAGUUCUCCCAUGGCAAGAAUUUUGCAUGUAGAUUGGAUAUACCUCUAUCUAUCCAGAAUUAUGCAUGUCGCGAGUCUUACUUUGUUUUUGUCAUGCUAACUGUGGUCACAUGUUUAAUCAUAUUGUGUGACCCCUUUUGAGUUGGAUUUAACAGUUACGGGCACUCACCACUCUUGUAAUUUAACCCCCUGUAGUAUUUUUCUGCAAUGGUUUAUAUGACAGUGAUUUGUCUUAAGAACUGAGAAUACAAAUACCACCUUAAGAAUUGUGUAGUAGUUU